CUUUCCUGUCUCCCAGCGCAGAGCCCCGAGUGCCCGUACACUGUGGCGACAGGGGUGACGGAGUGGGUCUCCGGGGCACAGGGCUGGCGAGGACCCGGGAGGGUGGCAGUGCGGAGGGGGCUGAGUUUCCGCCUCCAGCGCCUCAGGGCGGGGCGCUCGGGCUGCGGCGCUGGUCCCUGAGAGCGUGACACUGGAUGGCCAGCGGCCCAGUGGUUAGGGAUGCUGCUGCUGUCGGCGCUGCUGCUGCUGCUGCUGGGGGCACCGCUGGGCUGUGCCGAGGGCGCGGCCGCGGCGCUUACCCAGGAGCGCAUCCUCGAGUGGCAGGAUAAAGGAAUAUUCAUUAUCCAAAGUGAGAGCCUCAACAAAUGCAUUCAAGCAGGCAAAUCUGUUUUGACCCUGGAAAACUGCAAACCAGCAAACAAGUACAUGCUAUGGAAAUGGGUUUCAAACCAUCGCCUCUUUAACAUAGGAGGCAGCGGUUGCCUGGGUCUGAAUUUAUCUGAUCCUCAGCAACCGUUAAGCAUAUAUGAAUGUGAUUCCACUCAGGUGUCCCUGAGGUGGCACUGUAACAAGAAGACGAUCACCGGCCCGCUCCAGUACAUGGUCCAGGUGAAGCAUGAUGACACGCUGGUGGCCUCAUGGAAAUAUCUUCAUAAAUGGAUUUCCUACAUGUCAGAUGGUGGAGGCAUUUGUGAAUAUCUGCACAAAGAUGUGUAUACACUCAAAGGGAACGCCCACGGGACACCAUGCAUGUUUCCCUUCCAAUACAACCACCAGUGGCAUCAUGAAUGCACCCGGGAAGGGCGGGAAGACAGCUUACUGUGGUGUGCCACCACAAGCCGCUAUGAAAGAGAUGAGAAGUGGGGAUUUUGCCCAGAUCCCACAUCUGCAGAGGUGGGUUGUGAUGCUGUCUGGGAGAAAGAUCGCAAUUCACACAUUUGCUACCAAUUCAACCUGCUUUCAUCUCUAUCCUGGAGCGAGGCACAUUCUUCAUGCCAGAUGCAGGGAGGUGCUUUACUAAGUAUUGCAGAUGAGGCUGAAGAAAAUUUCAUAAGGAAGCACUUGAGCAGCAAAGCAGUGGAAGUGUGGAUGGGUCUGAAUCAGCUGGAUGAAAAUGCUGGCUGGCAGUGGUCUGAUAGAACCCCACUCAACUAUCUGAACUGGAACCCAGAAAUAAAUUUUGAGCCAUUUGUUGAAUAUCACUGUGGAACAUUUAGUUCAUUUAUGCCAAAUGCCUGGAGAAGUCGGGACUGUGAGGCCACUUUGCCCUAUAUAUGUAAAAAACACCUAGACCAUACUGAUCAUGAAGUAGUCGAAAAAGAUGCUUGGAAAUAUUAUGCUACCCACUGUGAGCCUGGCUGGAAUCCCCACAAUUGUAAUUGCUAUAAACUUCAGAAAGAAGAAAAGACCUGGGAUGAGGCUUUGCAUUCUUGCCAGUCUGAUAACAGUGUAUUACUAGAGAUAGCUUCUUUAGCAGACGUGGAGUUUCUUGUAAACCUCCUUGGAAAUGAAAAUGCAUCAGAAACAUGGAUUGGUUUGAGCAGCAAUAAAAUUCCAGUUUCCUUUGAAUGGUCUAAUGGCUCUUCAGUCUCCUUUACUAAUUGGCACACACUUGAGCCCCAAAUUUUUCCAAAUAGAAGCCAGCUAUGUGUCUCAGCAGAGCAAUCUGAAGGACACUGGAAAGUGAAAAGUUGUGAAGAAACCCUUUUUUACAUUUGUAAGAAAGCAGGCCACGUCCUUUCCAACACUGACUCAGGCUGUCAAGAGGGAUGGGAGAGACAUGGUGGAUUCUGUUAUAAAAUUGACCCCAUCCUGCGAAGCUUUGACCACGCCUCCAGUGGUUAUUACUGUCCUCCUGCGCUUGUAACCAUUACAAAUAGGUUUGAACAGGCAUUUAUUACCAGUUUGAUCAGUAGUGUGGUAAAAACAAAGGACAGUUAUUUUUGGAUAGCCCUUCAAGACCAAAAUGACACAGGAGAAUAUACGUGGAGGACAGCAGGGCAGACAUCUGAGCCGGUGCAGUACACACACUGGAAUGCACAUCAGCCCCGCUACAGUGGUGGCUGUGUUGUCAUGAGAGGAAGGAGUCCACCUGGCCGCUGGGAAGUGAAGGACUGUAGACACUUUAAGGCCAUGUCCCUGUGCAAACAGCCGGUGGAAAAUUGGGAGAAAACUGAGCGUAAAGAGAGAUGGCCCUUUCACUCCUGCUAUUUGGACUGGGAGUCAAAGCCUGGCCUGGCCAACUGUUUCAAGGUAUUUCAUAGUGAAAAAAUCUUGAUGAAAAGAACAUGGAGAGAAGCUGAAGCAUUUUGUGCAGAAUUUGGAGCUCAUCUUGCAAGCUUUGCCCAUAUUGAGGAAGAGGAUUUUGUGAAUGAGCUUUUACAUUCAAAAUUCAAUCGGACAGAAGAAAGGCAGUUCUGGAUUGGAUUUAAUAAAAGAAACCCACUGAAUGCUGACUCUUGGGCAUGGUCUGAUGGAACUCCUGUUGUCUCUUCAUUUUUAGACAAUACUUAUUUUGGAGAAGAUGCAAGAAACUGUGCUGUUUAUAAGGCAAAUAAAACAUUACUGCCCUCGCACUGUGGUUCCAAACGCGAAUGGAUAUGCAAAAUUCCAAGAGAUGUGAAACCCAAAAUUCCACCCUGGUACCAGUACGAUGCACCCUGGCUCUUUUAUCAGGAUGCAGAGUACCUUUUUCAUAUCUAUGCUUCGGAAUGGUCCUCCUUUGAGUUUGUCUGUAGCUGGCUGCACAGUGAUCUUCUCACAAUUCAUUCUGCACACGAGCAAGAAUUCAUCCACAGCAAAAUAAGAGCGCUAUCAAAGCAUGGUGUUAAUUGGUGGAUUGGACUUCGAGAAGAAAGAGCCAAUGAUGAAUUUCGCUGGAGAGAUGGAACCCCUGUAAUCUACCAGAACUGGGACAAAGGAAGAGAAGGAUCUAUGAAUAACCAGAGCCAGAGAUGUGGCUUCAUAUCAUCCAUAACAGGACUCUGGGCUAGUGAAGAGUGUUCAGCUUCUAUGCCUAGUGUCUGUAAGCGAAAAAAGUUUUGGGUCCUAGAGAAAGAAAAAGAUACACCGAAACAGCAUGGAACAUGUCCCAAAGGAUGGCUAUAUUUUAACUAUAAGUGCCUUUUGGUGAAAAUCCCCAAAGACCCGAGCGGUGGGAAGAACUGGACAUCUGCUCAAAGUUUCUGUGUGGAAGAAGGGGGGACACUGGUCGCCAUUGAAAAUGAGGUGGAACAAGCUUUCAUUACUAUGAAUCUUUUUGGCCAGACCACUAAUGUGUGGAUAGGGUUACAAAAUGAUGAUUAUGAAAAAUGGCUAAAUGGAAAGCCUGUGGCAUAUUCUAACUGGUCUCCAUUUGAUAUAAUAAAUAUUCCAAGUCAUAACACCACCAAAGUUGAAAAACACAUUCCUCUCUGUGCUUUGCUGUCAAGUAAUCCUAAUUUUCAUUUCACUGGAAAAUGGUAUUUUGAAGACUGUGGAAAAGAACAUUACGGGUUUGUUUGUGAGAAGAUGCAGGAUACUUCUGGACACAGUGUAAAUACAUCCGAUCUGUAUCCAAUCCCUAAUACCUUAGAGUAUGGAAACAGAACUUACAAAAUAAUUAGUGCAAACAUGACUUGGUAUACAGCGAUAAAAACCUGCCUGAUGCACGGAGCCGAACUGGUCAGCAUUACAGAUCAAUAUCACCAGUCCUUUCUCACUGUUAUGCUCAACCGGCUAGGACGUGCCCACUGGAUCGGACUGUUCACUGCCGAUAAUGAUCUUAAUUUUGACUGGUCAGAUGGCACCAAAUCCUCCUUCACUUUUUGGAAAGAUGAGGAGUCCUCCUUCCUUGGUAACUGUGUUUUUGCUGACACCAAUGGGCGCUGGAGUAGCACAGCCUGCGAGUCAUUUCUGCAAGGAGCUAUUUGUCAUGUACCUCCCGAAAUAAGACCAUUUGGAUACCCAGAGCUGUGCUCAGAAACAUCUAUUCCCUGGAUAAAAUUCAAAAGGAAUUGCUACAGUUUUUCUACAGUCCUAGACAGUAUGACUUUUGAGGCUGCUCAUGAAUUUUGCAAAAAGGAAGGAUCUAAUCUUUUAACAAUCAAGGAUGAGGCUGAAAAUUCAUUUCUCCUAGAAGAGCUUUUUGCUUUUGGUUCUUCUGUCCAGACGGUUUGGUUGAAUGCUCAGUUUGAUGAUGACAAUAAAACCAUAAAGUGGUUUGAUGGAACUCCCACAGACCAGUCCAACUGGGGAAUCCGGAAGCCAAAGAUGGACCACAUUAAACCCCAUCUAUGCGUUGCCCUGAGGAUCCCCAAAGGAGUAUGGCAGUUAUCCCCGUGUCAAGAAAAAAAAGGGGUUAUAUGUAAAAUGGAGGCAGAUGUUCACGUGGUAAAGGAACAUCCAGAAAAAGGACCAAGUCACAGCAUUGUACCUCUUGCAGUAGCAGUGACACUAAUAGUAACUCUGGUCAUUUCCAUCCUGUCCUUCUGCAUAUACAAGCACAGUAGUGGUAUCUUCAGGAGACUUGCAGGGUUUGGCAAUCCUUACUAUCCUACAACCAACUUUAGUACAGUACAUUUGGAAGAAAAUAUUCUCAUUUCUGAUCUUGAGAAGAAUGACCACUAAUAAUGAAAUCAGAGAAUGCCACAAGCAUGAGGAUGAGUAAAGAAGACUACAAGGGGAGCCUCUUCUGUAUCUUCCUUUACAGACCAGAUGCCAUUAUAAUGUGAAUUGUGUCAGUAUUUUAAUUAUUCUUAAAGUGAUUACUGGUUUUGAAUUGUAACCAAAUCAAAAGGGUAUUGAUUUAUCCAUUUCCCCAACUGUGAUCUAUUCUUAAAAGGAAGAAAUUACACAGUGGUCACUAUUCAGAAAACAAGAACUAUUAAAAGAAACUCCCUAUUGAAAACGCUCCUA